CAAAAACUUAUUUAAAUGAGAUCAUGACUCAGAGGAGUUGGAUUAAGUUGAAUGAACAAACAAAAAGUGUAUUUAGGAAAUAAUUUUCAACAUUACUUCCUCAUUGAAGCUUUUUUUAAACAUUAUACCUGCUACUCUAAAACACAACUUGUCACAUGAUGCGCAAAGAUGGGACAAAAAUGGAGUGAAACAUUUCUUGUGACAUUGAUCACUGGAUGUUUGCUUAUAUACAUGCUGCAUGUUCUGGUGCAGAAAUAGCAGGAGAAUGUGGUCUAAAUGAACUACUAAAGCUUACAAAAUACAUCCAAGGAUCAAAUAAUAGAAACAGUUGUAGUAACCAUGAUGAGAAUGAUUGUAGAGAUGGUGACAGUGAUGCAAUAUACUUCUAUCAACAGUUUCUUAGAAAUUAUAUUUAUAGCUUUUCUGAUAAAGUUCCAGACUUCCCAACUAAAUGCAAAGACAUGACGACAAAAUACAUUUCAUUGGACUAUGAAUGUAUACCAGAUAGCAGAAUCCUAAAAUUAUGUGAAAGCAACAAAACUAUUACAGCAAAUGAAAUACACAUCCUGAAUAUGGACUAUCCUAGUUAUACAGGCAAUUGGAAAGAUACAAACAGUAGCAAGAUCAGAUCUCCAUGCCACUGUGAAGUAGAUUCAACUUCAACUUCAAAACAUGCUAUAAUUACAGUGGUACGUUCAUUUGUUCUUGGAGGCUUCAAUAAUAUUGCAAUCAAAGGUCAACAUGAACAAUGUACAAUUAACAUUGAAAGUAUGGAGUAUAAUGUAGGGCAGGAAAUCCACAAUGGUAGCUUACCUAUGGGAUUAGUUUACAACUAUGCAAACAAAGAUGGAUUGCAUUAUGUUUGGUUCAUGAUUAAAUCUGAUAAUGGUGGUAAUAUAACAUUAAACUGUGGUGAGUCUGAAGAUACAUUGGAUGAAACUGUGCCUGAAGCUUGUAAUGUGACCAACAACAAAUCAAUGACACAAUCAACAACAACAACAUCCAUCAAGACUGACUAUUCCGAAAAGCCAGGACAGAAACCAGAAUCUCUUCAGAACCAGUAA